GCGGCUGCGAUUGUGGCUCGUCACCAGGACAACAGCAGGGACACUUUUCCAUUACUCAGCUGAAAAGUUGUCCAGAUCCUUGGCGGAAGUAGGACGGAGCUGCUGAUUUCCGCUUCCCUCCCUGCUGCUUCUGCUGGUCACUGUAGUAAAGAUGGCGGCGGCCGAGACCGAUCGUGAAGCACCGUCCGCUCUGUGUAGCGAGUUUCUCAAUUUCUCCGCAAAGGACACCGCUGCGAAAUGGCUGCUGGCGAGCAACCUGCCCAAAGAGGUGUACCAGCACUUGGCCUGCUACGUCCCCAAGAUCUACUGUCUGGGCCCUAACCUGAACCCUCAGAAUGAGGACCUGCUGGCUCCGCUGCUGCUUCAGAGCCCGCUGGAGUGGUACCUGUGCGGGGAAGAGCCGUCCGUGGGAUUGGCCAAGCUGGAACAGAACAACCAGCCCUCGCAGCUCUGUGGCCAUGUGUUUAAAGUGGGAGAACCAACAUACUCUUGCAGGGAGUGUGCGGCUGAUCCGACCUGCGUGCUGUGUAUGCAGUGCUUCUUAGGCAGCGUUCACAAAGAGCAUCGCUACAGGAUGACCACCUCAGGAGGAGGAGGUUUCUGUGACUGCGGUGACACAGAGGCCUGGAAGAAGGGCCCUUACUGUCAGAAACAUGAGCCCAAUAUCAGUGACUCUUCCCAGAAGGAUCCUUUGGCCAAUAUGACUGAAGAGAUGAUUGCUCGCACGUAUAAUGUUUUCUCCAUCAUCCUCAAAUAUGCUGUGGACAUGCUCACCUGGGACAAAGAGGAUGAGCUACCUGAAGGCCUUGAGCCACCGGUGCGUGGAGACACGUACUACUGCAUGCUGUUCAAUGAUGAGGUCCACACGUACGAGCAGGUCAUCUAUACACUACAGAAAGCAGUGAACUGCACUCAGAAAGAGGCCGUCAGUUUCGCCACCACUGUGGACAGAGAUGGAAGGAAGUCUGUUCGCUUUGGAGACUUCCAGUUUUGUGAGCAGGCCAAAUCUGUUAUUGUGAGGAACACAAGUCGGCAGACGAAACCCCUGCGGGUUCAAGUCAUGCACUCCUCUGUAGUGGCUCAUCAGUGUUUUGCACUCAAAGCUCUCACCUGGCUCGGCCAAAUCAUCAGAUACUCAGAUGCUCUGAGGAGGAUCCUGUGUCAGGUGGGUCUUCAGCGAGGACCGGAGGGAGAGAACUCUUCUCUGGUGGACACGCUCAUGCUCUGUGACUCCAAGAUGUGGAAAGGAGCGAGAAAUGUUUACCACCAGCUCUUUAUGAGCAGCUUACUCAUGGAUUCAAAAUACAAAAAACUUUUUGCCAUCCAGUUUGCAAAGAACUAUGAGCGCUUGCAGAGCGACUACGUGAAAGACGACCACGACAGGGAGUUCUCCAUCACUGAUCUUUCUGUGCAAAUGUUCACCGUGCCUUCUCUGGCUCGGAUGUUGAUCACAGAAGAGAACCUGAUGACCACCAUUAUCCGCACAUUCGUUGACCACCUCAGACACCGAGACCUGCAGGGCCGCUUCCAGUUUGAACGCUACACCGCACAACAAGCCUUCAAAUUCCGCCGGGUCCAGAGCCUUAUAGGAGACCUCAAGUAUGUCCUGAUAAGCCGUCCAACAGAGUGGACCGACCAACUCAGGGAGAAGUAUCUUGAAGGUUUUGAUGCUUUCUUGGAGUUGCUAAAAUGCAUGCAGGGAAUGGACCCAGUAGUGCGUCAGGUGGGGCAGCACAUAGAGAUGGAGCCAGAAUGGGAGGCAGCGUUCACCUUGCAGAUGAAGCUCACACAUAUCAUCUCUAUGAUGCAGGAAUGGUGUGCCAGUGAUGAGAGAGUGCUGAUCGAAGCCUAUAAGAAGUGCCUGAGCGCGCUGACUCACUGCCACAGUGGUUUCACAGAUGGGGAGCAGCCCAUAACCCUCAGCAUGUGCGGCCACUCCGUUGAGACCAUCCGCUACUGCGUCUCUCAGGAGAAAGUCAGCAUACACCUGCCUGUGUCCCGACUUUUAGCAGGUUUACAUGCUCUGCUGAGCACAACUGAGGUUGCCUAUCGAUUCCCUGUGCAGCUGCCGCUGAGUGAACUGAGUCCACCCAUGUUGAUCGAGCAUCCUCUCCGUUGCCUUGUACUCUGUGCCCAGGUGCAUGCUGGGAUGUGGAGAAGAAAUGGCUUCUCUUUGGUCAAUCAGAUCUAUUAUUAUCACAAUGUGAAGUGUAGAGUGGAGAUGUUCGAUAAAGACCUCAUCAUGCUUCAGGCUGGAGCUUCUAUGAUGGAUCCAAACCACUUCCUGAUGAUCGUGUUGAGCCGUUUUGAGCUCUAUCAUAUCUUCAGCUCAGCAGACUGCAGAAAGAGAUACAGCAGAGAGAAUGCUCACAAGGAUGUGGUUCAGCAGAAUAACACACUAACUGAGGAGAUGCUGCAUCUGGUCAUUAUGAUCGUGGGGGAGCGAUACACAGCAGGUGUUGGUCAGGUGGAGAGCUCAGAUGAAACAAGGCGAGAGAUCGUUCACCAGCUAUGCAUUCGACCUAUGGCCCACAGCGAGCUGGUCAAAGCCCUGCCUGAGAAUGAGAAUAAAGAAACCGGCAUGGAGAGGGUCAUCGACAGUGUGGCUUUGUUUAAGAAGCCUGGUGUGACUGGUAGAGGACUUUAUAAACUCAGGCCAGACUGUGCCAAGAUGUUUAACCUUUACUUCCACCAUUACUCCAGAGCUGACCAGUCUAAGGCUGAAGAGGCUCAGAGAAGGAUAAAGAGGCAAAAUGGGGAAGAUUCGGUUCUGCCUCCACCAGUUCUGCCUCGGUUCUGUCCGCUGUUUGCCAGCCUGGUGAACAUACUGCAGUGUGACGUGCUGCUGGGGAUUCUGGGAGCCGUGCUGCAGUGGGCAAUGGAGCCCAGCGGGGGACACUGGUCUGAGUCCAUGCUUCAGAGGGUGCUGCAUCUCAUAGGCAUGGGCCUGGUGGAAGAACAGCAGCAUCUUAUCGGCAGCGCAGAUGAUAAUGAUACCAACUUUAACUUCACUCUCAAAAUCUCCAGACCAGGUGAGGCUCCUGCUAACACUCCCAGUAUCUUGGCUUUAUUGGAAACCCUGCAGAAUGCUCCUCAUCUGGAGGUGCACAAGGACAUGAUCCGCUGGAUCCUCAAGGUAAAGCUGAUCCAAAUCUCAUUACAAAGCCACCUGUCACUAGAAUGUUUGUGUAAAUGUCUCAGCUAUCCAAUAGAGGGCAGCAAAAGCCAAAAACAGUGGCCGUGGUCAAGCAUCAAGAGGGAGUGGGAGUGGACGGCUGGUGCGCCAACGGUGCGGGAUAAAGAUAAGGCAGAGCGGAAGAGGAAAGCAGAGAUGGCGCGGCUCCGGAGAGAGAAGAUCAUGGCUCAGAUGUCAGAGAUGCAAAGACACUUCAUCAACGAGAACAAAGAGUUGUUCCAGCAGAGUCUGGAGGAGCUCGACCCCUCCACCUCCUCCACACUGGAGCACAGCCCCAGUUCGUGUGAUAGUGCUGUGGUGUUUUGUGUUGGUAGGAGGGUGUGGUGUGGGGGGGGGUGUGAGGGGAGAGAUGGUGGUGUGUUGUUGUGUGUGGAGGAGCAGGAAAUCAGGACUGAUGGCAAAGCCAUGGUGCUCGCUGCUUUUGUCCAGCGCUCUACUGUCAUGUCCAAAAACCGCAAGAGACCUCCACACAACCCAGAUAAGUAUGACCCUCUCUUCAUGCACCCUGACCUGUCGUUCGGCACACACACAGGCAGCUGUGGGCACAUCAUGCACUCUCACUGCUGGCAGAGGUAUUUUGAAGCGGUGCAGGCUAAAGAGCAGCGCAGGCAGCAGAGGCUACGUGUGCACACCAGUUAUGACGUAGAGAACGGAGAGUUCUUGUGUCCACUCUGCGAGUGUCUGAGUAACACCGUCAUUCCUCUCCUGCCUCUUACAAAGACCAGCUGCAGCUCUGAACAGCCUGAUCUGAGCCAGUGGUUGAGCAUCACCUCUCAGCAGAUGAAAGCCCUGCUCUCUGCUCACAGGAAGGCUGCAGAUGCUGAAGGUGUUGAUGCUAUGGACGGUGUUAAUGACUGUCCUCCACCUGAUGGCUUCAAACUGGACUACACUCCAAAGAACCCGUACUCAAGCACCAUAAAGGAGAUGUUGACCACGUUUGGGACAGCCACAUAUAAAGUGGGUCUUAAAGUGCACCCAAAUGAGCAGGACCCCCGCGUGCCAAUCAUGUGCUGGGGCAGCUGUGCCUACACCAUUCAAUGUAUAGAGAGAUUGCUGGUGGAUGAAGAGAAGCCUUUGUUUGGAAGUUUACCAUGCAGACAGGACGACUGUUUGAGUUCUCUGACCCGGUUUGGCUCGGCCUGCUGGACCGUCUCCUCUCAUACCACUGUACAGAAUCACUUUAUUAGGCUCUUAGCAGCCCUUGUUCCUGAUCCUCGGGUGGAGAAUACGCCGUGUAUUCUGGACAUAGACAUGUUUCACUUGCUGGUGAGCUUGGUGCUGUCCCAUCCAGCGAUUCUCUGUCUAGAUUCCUCAGGGCUGAGUGCGGACGCUGCACAGCUGCACUUCCUGCAUCUCGUCACAGUUGCUCACAUAGUCCAGAUCCUCCUAACCUCGGUACCAGAGGAGAUGCAGAUGGAGCAGGAGGGAGGAGGAGCGGAGAGGGAAGAGGAGGAAAACGUGUGUAUGCUCUACAACACACUCAGGACGCAUCUGGGAAGCGGCCUGCAUGAGGUGAGCUCAGGCUGGCAUCUGUGGCACUGUGUGAAAGCUGGAAUCCUGCCUUAUCUGAGGGCAGCCGCUCUCUUCUUCCACUAUCUCAACGGAGCUCCAGCACCACCCGAGUUACAUACUCUAGGUGCGGGUGAAUGGGAGGCUCUGUGUGGAUACCUGUGUCUGCCCUCCAACCUGCUCCAGCUCUACUACAACAAUCAGGAGCUCAUGGAACCUCUGCUGCAGCGGUGGUGCUCUCAUCCAGGUGUGCUGCAGGGUCUUCAGAGCAGCGUGGCCCUCAUCAGGUUUCCUAGAGAGUCCAAUCAUCUCAUAGAACUGCCAGGCGACUACAGCGCCCUGAUUAACCAGGCCUCUAGCUUCACGUGUCCUAAAUCUGGUGGGGAUAAGUCUCGCGCUCCUACUCUUUGUUUGGUGUGUGGUGCUAUGCUGUGCUCACAGAGCUACUGCUGUCAAACCGAGCUGGAAGGAGAGGACGUGGGCGCAUGCACCGCACAUACUUUUGCCUGCGGAGCCGGAGUCGGCAUUUUCCUCAGGGUGCGGGAAAGUCAGGUCCUGUUCCUGGCUGGCAAAACCAAGGGCUGUUUUUAUGCUCCCCCAUACCUGGACGACUAUGGGGAAACAGACCAAGGGCUAAGAAGGGGAAACCCAUUACACUUGUGCCAAGAGCGCUACAGGAAGGUCCAGAAGCUGUGGCGCCAGCACAGCAUCACAGAGGAGAUCGGCCACGCCCAGGAGGCCAAUCAGACUUUGGUGGGCAUCGACUGGCAGCACCUGUGAAGUCACGUCAUGCUUUCUCACACCUACGCCCACCCUUAAUGCAUAAGGGGACCCGCACAGCAGAGCUAGAGGUUGUCACCAAGGCCUCUUGCUCUUCCUCCACCCCUUUUUCCAUCUUUCUGACAGGGGAUGAAUGCAUGACUUUUUCUUUUUGUUUUUCAGUGGAAGAUUUUCUCUUCCUGUUUUCUUUUAAAUAUGAUAGAGAUACAUAUUUAAAAAGACAUAUAGCCAAGGUUUUGAACCUCAACAAUAUGGUUUCCUUCACAACACAGAUAUUCUUCAUAGGAAUGCUAUUUAAUUUCUUCUCCAAGUACUAUUAAAUUAUUUUCAAGGUAUUUUGCUUAAAUAUAUAGGUUUCGCAAGACAGUUCUCUUAUCGCUUGGGAAUUGACCAGUGGUGCUGCCCUUCAAGUAAGCACAAAUGUCCCUAAACGGCCACGCUGGGAUAGUGCCACCUGUAGGAUACACAGCAUCCUCUCUGCCCCCAUCAUCUCAAAUGCUGCAAUACAUUUGUUAAGGCCACCUAAUUAACGUGCUCAUGUUCAUACAAUACAAGCCAACGCUGGGAAGAUCCGGGAGCACGUGAAUAUGUCCUUGAAUGCCUGGUUUCUGUUUGUCUGGGUUGUGUAUGUGUUUGCGCGAGUGAGUUUUUAUGUACAGGUGUUUAGUUGGUAUGUUUCUAAUAUGAUGGAUUUCUACGGUGGUCCAUUUUAAUGACCGUUUGUUUCUUGUUCUUUUGUGAGGCAUAUUAUUUAUGUGUUUCUCGCGGCUGUGUAUUGUAUGCGACCUUGAUCUAUGGAGUCAUGCUUUCCUUCAACUGAACAUGAAUUCCACUAUUAAACAUGAUUUUGAUGUGUGUGCCGUGUGUUGUGAAUUUGGGCAUUUUGUUUCUUGUACUGCUGCACAUUUUUCUUUCAGCAGUAAUGGAUGCUGAAUUGUAUAUCCUUAAUUCAGUUUCGACUUUGGUCUGCUAUAGACCGUUUUUUUGUUUUUUUUUAUAGUGGCCUUGGCUUGGGGCUUUAGUCGAAAUCAAAAGUUUUAUUUGUCAGUGACACAGAAACUCAUUAAAACACACCGUUGCUUCUAUCAGAUACAAGUUUUCAUGUCUCGUGCAGUUUAGAUGACAAGCCUGUUUCUGAUGCGGUGAGCAUAUUUCCUGAGACACUUCCAGUGGCUGCAGCAGUGUAUUACAUCACGAACUGACUUGUUAAUAUGUGAAUUCUUGUAUAAAUGGGUACAUUGUACUAUAUUGUAAAACAUUAAUGAAAUAAAAAAAGAAGAAAAGA